AUGUAUUCUACAUUAGUUUUUUGGAUAAUAUUUAAAAAUAUUAAAUACUACAAAAGCCUUCCACCUGGACCAUGGGGAAUACCGCUGCUGGGAAUACUGCCUUUCCUGAACCGCAGACCCCCUCAUAUGGUGUACUUAAAUAUGGCUGAGAAGUAUGGAGAUGUAUUCUCCGUACAGAUGGGCAGCAACCUGACAGUAUGCCUCGGUUCUACCAAACUUAUGAAGGAAUUUUUUAGUAGAAACGACUCCACCGGUCGACCGAACACUCCUUUGAACAACCUCUUGGGUGGACUUGGGGUUAUCACAAGUGAAGGUGUUCUAUGGAAAAGACAACGUGUGUUCCUCCAUGAGAAAUUCCGCGCUCUCGGUGUCAAGCUAUGGCCCAAUACACGCUUCGAAAGAGACAUUAAUGUUGAAAUUGACGAGCUUAUGAUGGAGCUAAACCAGUCUGAAGGGAAAUCAGUGAAUCCAGCUCAUGUAUUGGGGAGACAUAUACAUAAUGUCAUAUGUCAGCUGAUGAUGAGUUUCCGUUUUACGGCCGAAGAUUCGGCCUUUAAAUUGUUUAAUGAAAAAGUGUCCAGAGGAAUGAGGUUAUUCGGCUUGGUACUAAUCGGCGAACAUGUUAAAGCAUACUUGAAAUUACCCGGCAAAAUGGCUGUCAUUAACGAAAUAAAAAAGAAUUUAGCCGAUGUUAGUGAUUUCCACAAGGAGCGUAUUGUCGCUCGGAUCCAGCAACGCGAACAGUCCUCGGAGCCCCGGCAACCUGUUGAUUUGCUGGACUUUUAUCUCGACCACCUCGAAGCUGAAAAACAGUCAAAGGCGACAAAAAAUGAAAAGCGUGACAUAUUCCCAGAUGUUGAUCCCGUACAACAAAUCGUCCAGAUCAUGAAUGAUCUAUUUUCUGCUGGAAUGGAGACAUCACUGACAUCAUUGUUGUGGACCUGCAUCAUGAUGAUGAAACACCCCAAAGUUGCGGAAAAAGUGCGAGCAGAUCUGAGGGAAGUCGUUUUACCUGGUGAGCGGGUGACCAUGGGUCACCGCCUGCAGCUCCCCUACAUCGAAGCGGUGCUUAUUGAAACCAUGAGAAUGGUUUCAAUAGUUCCGCUAGGAACGACACACGUCAACACAGCGGAAUGGAAAAUUGGUAAAUAUACGAUCCCAGCUGGUACUCAUAUUGUACCGUUGAUACACCGAAUGAAUAUGGAUCCUGACAUUUACAUGGAGCCAGAACUGUUUAAGCCAGAAAGAUUUAUUCGAGACGGAAAGUUUACUAUUACAGACACGUUUAUGCAAUUCGGCGUUGGGCAACGCAUGUGUAUCGGGAACCUCCUCGCAAGGAUGGAGUUGUUCCUGUUUUUCGCCAAUAUCAUGAACAAUUAUGAAUUCUGUAUGCCAGAAGGUGAAGAUAUUCCAGGCAUGGAUGGUAUUCUAGGUUCCACUCACGCCCCAUUACCUUUUAAAUUAGUCUUCAAAAAAUUGGAGGCGUAA